AUGAGGCUCAGCGGUCUAGGCCUGGGCCAAGCUGCCAUAGUCCUCCGACGAGGACAGUUUACCCAAGCGGGAAAUCCCCAAAUACUUUAUGAGGUGGCUGAAACCAGCGACUGGGCUAGCACCCAAAUAGCGCUAGAAGCGGCGCUAGUCGCUCUUGACCUGCAAGGUUCGUUUAUACACGAACUGAGUGGAAAAGUCUCGGCACUAGAUAACGAUUUAAGUCACCUGACAGCGUUAUUUAAGGAUAACUUCCCAGCAUGUGCUGCCGCAGGCCAGGCGAUCGCGCUAUCGAAGAAACAGAUAUUCAACACUGCAGCCAAACUAGAAUCAGCGGCCAUUAGCGCCAAACGGAUUAUAUUUUGGGGUAGUUUCCCCAAGUUCAAUUCUCCGGUUCAGGCAGCCGAAACCCUUUUGAAAAGCCUCACAGCGCCAUCCCUACCCAAACAAAUCGGAGCGUCGUGGCUGAUGUCCAAAUCUAAGAAGACGAAGCUCGUGAACCAAACUGCAGAAAAGAAGACAAAUCCGGAACCGGGAAUAUUGGGUGCAAGCCUCGAACCCGAGUGCUACUUCAAGACUUCGUUCCGUAAACCGUUCCAUCAAACGCAAUGCAAUGGUUUUUCAAACCUGGAUGUCGAAUAUCGUUAG